CUGUGAAUCUCAAACAUCACCGCCGGGUCAUCAUCCUAUCCUACCGGGUCGAAAUAAAAAAUGUACACAUUCUGAUUUAAGUUAGAUUUAAUAGUUGUAUGUCGUUUUGCUUGGACCAUCAAGCGUAAUUGUUGUUAAUCAUUUGUGCAAACAAAUAACGUUGUUUUCAGUUGGGAGCAGUUUGUCAUAAACAUGGCUCCGACGAUUCAGUCGCAAUCUCAGCGAGAAGACGGACACAGUAGGCCAUCCUCUCAUAGAACUGUUCCAGAGAGGUCAGGAGUGGUAUGUCGAGUGAAGUACUGCAACAGCCUGCCUGACAUCCCUUUUGACCCCAAAUUCAUCACAUAUCCAUUUGAUCAGCACAGGUUUGUACAGUAUAAAGCCACUUCUCUAGAGAAGCAGCACAAGCAUGAGCUCCUUACUGAGCCGGACCUCGGGGUCACCAUUGAUCUCAUCAACCCGGACACUUACCGCAUAGACCCCAGUAUACUGUUGGAUCCCGCUGAUGAAAAACUGUUGGAAGAGGACAUCCAGGCUCCAGCCAGUUCAAAGAGGUCACAGCAGCAUGCUAAAGUGGUCCCGUGGAUGAGAAAGACAGAAUAUAUUUCUACAGAGUUCAACAGAUAUGGCGUUUCCAACGAGAAAGUGGAAGUCAAGAUCGGUGUAUCUGUCAAACAGCAGUUUACAGAAGAAGAAAUCUACAAGGACAGAGACAGCCAGAUUUCUGCUAUUGAGAAAACAUUUGAGGAUGCACAAAAAUCUAUUUCACAGCACUACAGUAAACCCAGAGUUACUCCUGUGGAGGUACUACCUGUGUUCCCUGACUUCAAGAUGUGGAUCAACCCAUGUGCUCAGGUCAUCUUUGACUCUGAUCCUGCACCCAAAGACUUAACAGCACCAGUAGGAGUGGAAAUGAUGUCUCAGGCCAUGAUCAGGGGUAUGAUGGACGAGGAAGGAAAUCAGUUUGUGGCCUACUUCCUGCCCAAUGAAGAAACAAUCCGCAAGCGCAAGAGGGAUUGCGAUGAGGGGAUGGAUUAUAUGCCUGAGGAUCUGUAUGAUUACAAGAUAGCCAGGGAGUACAACUGGAAUGUGAAGAACAAAGCCAGCAAGGGUUAUGAAGAGAACUACUUCUUCAUCUUCAGAGAUGGAGAUGGCGUUUACUACAAUGAGCUGGAGACAAGGGUGCGUCUCAGCAAGAGGAGAGCGAAGGCUGGAGCGCAGUCGACCACAAACGCUGUGCUGGUGUGUAAGCACAGAGACAUGAACGAGAAGGAACUCGAAGCCCAGGAUGCACGUAAAGCUCAGCUGGAGAACCAUGAGCCAGAAGAUGAAGAGGAAGACAUGGAUAAGGACAUGCAGGACUCUGGUGAUGAGAAGGAGAAGGGCAGCGGCAGUGAGGCAGAGAACUCUGGUAGUGAAUCUGAGAGGGAAGAGGAAGAGCGGGAACAAAGGGGAGAGGAGGACGCGGAGGAAGCAGAGGACGCGGAGGACGCGGAGGACGCGGAGGAAGUGGAGGAAGUGGAGGGAGCGGAGGGAGCAGAGGGAGCGGAGGAAAUGGAGGAAGUGGAGGAAGCGGAGGAAAUGGAGGAAGCGGAGGAAGUGGAGGAAACGGAGGAAGUGGAGGAAGUGGAGGAAGAGGUCCGAGAGAAGCGGAAGAGGAAGACAAGCGGCAGUGGAAGCGAGAGCGGCGAGGAGAGGACCAGAGAGAUGCGGGACGAGGAAGAGAUCUUCGGAAGUGACGAUGACAGUGACGACAACGAUGAUAACGACAACACCAAGAACUCGGCCAGGAGCAGCGGGGAGGAUGGCAGUGCAAGUGAGGAUGAAGGAAGGAACAGAGGAGGCAGCAGGAGCCGCAGUGCCUCUCCAGCACACAGCGACCGCAGCAGCGACCACUCGGAGACCCGGGCUCAGAGUGGAAGUGGGAGUGAGAGAGGCUCAGAUUCCAGUGAUGACAGUGACAGUGAAUGAGAUCUGUAGUCCAAACAGUAAGGUGAUGGCCACCUUUAUUACCUGUGUGUUCCGCUCCAAACAUGGCAGUGUUGCCCUGUCACUGACCUUAAUAUUAGCUCAGUCUGGAGCUGUAGGCUCUUGAUGAUUGCAAAUAUCAAAUGACAUUUGUGUGCGAGAUGCUCAUUGGUUUUGGACCGGGGACAUGUCUCUUCAACCCAGUUUUUAAUUGUAGAUUGACCUCUCGCAUCUGUAGCCAUUUGUACUCUAUAUUCCGUACAGGAUCGUGUAAAAUUGUCUUUUGCUUUUGACUUGUCAUUGUGUUACGGCUGUGAAACUCAUAAUAAAAUGCAGGUGACAUUUUGUAAGAAA